UAGCAGAUUCCUAUACUAGUAUGUGGAGAGUUCGGACUUAUCACAAGUUUGUACCAAGUUUGGCAAUUCGUCAUAGAUCUGGAGCUAAUGUUCCUAGGAAAAAAACUAAAAAUCCUCUUGAAUCAAGGAAAAAAGCUGUGAAGGAAGCUCAGAGAAUCUUACGAAUGCGAGUUGCUCAGAUUGAAGCUUCCAAGCCCAGGAUGGAGGAAAUUGAUCCAGAUCUGCUUCGGCCUGAAAGACAGAGACAGCGUUUGGCAAUCAGUGAAGAGGAAAAAGAAUGUCGUGUACUGUUGGCUAAAGACUGGUCACGUUAUCAGAUGCAAAGAUACGAGGAAGAUUUCAGAAAAUUGACUGGACUCAUUGUAUGUAGAAAGAAAGCAUUGGUGGAACUAAAGAAGGCUUCAGAGAUAUUGUAUGAGAAAGCCAUUGUAAUUGAUAAGAAGCUGUUUCCAUUAGAAAAGAAAGGACCAACGGCUACACCACCAUUACAGAGCUAUGAAGCACCAGAUGCAGAAGAAGAUUACAUACAUGUCAGAACUUAAUAAAUUAAUUUCGUAGCUAGGGGAACUGUAACUAGAAAUGUAAGUUCAUAGCUAGGGGAACUGUAGUUAGAAACGUAAGUUAUCUCAGGAUAACUUUGGUAUACAUGCACUGUUCGUCACACUGUAGUAGUACAACGAACUCUCUUAUAUCAUCACUAGACUACGCAUGCG